CCUGGCCUCGCAGUGGAUCAGCCGAUCCUGUUUUCGUACUACCGAAGUUCCUGCUCUUGGCGUGUCAGAAUUGCUCUGGCACACAAGGGAGUUGACUAUGAAUAUCGUCCAGUUCAUCUCCUCAAACAGGAACAGGUGAGUGACGAGUAUAAGAAGUUGAACCCCAUGGGUCAGGUUCCUGCACUCCUUGUUGGUAGUCAAACCUUGACGCAAUCACUUAGCAUCAUGGAGUACCUGGAGGAAGCCUACCCUCAGAAACCACUGCUACCGAAGGACUUACUUCUGAGAGCAAAGGUGCGCGAGAUAUGCGAGGUAAUAGGCUCGGGUAUCCAGCCGCUACAAAACCUGUCAGUGCUACAGAAAGUAGGUGAGGAGAAGAAAAUGGAAUGGAGCAGCUUUUUCAUCAAGAAAGGUUUCAUUGGUGAGCAUUAUCCAGUGUACCGUGUGGCUGUAUCGUGUUGCUGUAGUCAGUGUUGGUACAAUAACUUAAGAAACCGCGGUACUGGAGGGGAUUGAAUCCGCGGUGAGUGA